ACGGCCGGGGCGUACCAUCUGCUCAAAGGGGCAUGGGAGGCCUACACGCUGGGCGGCCACGGCCACGCCUGCUACUCGCUAGCCCGAGGGAGGCUGCGGCGUUGGCACAGGCCGACGGCUACACGGAGCCCAGCUACACGGAGCCCAAGCGCAGCGUUAGUUCACCUGGCUGCCGCGGGCGCCGCAGCUGGGAAGUUGGUCGCAACACCGUUGGCCGGUGGCACCUUUGAUGCGCCGGAGAAGGCCGAGGUGGCGGCGCGGAUGUUGGGGAGUCGCGGCCGCGGCGGUCGUGCCAAGGGUCGUGCCACGAAGCCUGUCUGUCCAUGACGAAGAAUGCGAUCAGAAUGCGCCAAUGCGGGAGCGCACAGCGAGUGCGCCGCCGCUGACUGAAGCUGAUUCUGAGGCACAUACAGCGACUCGCCGGCAGAGAGUGGAUGCGGAAGAGCCGCCAGAAGAAGGAGGAGAAGCAGAAGGAGGAGACGGACGAAGGAGAAGGAGAAAAGGAGUGGUAGGAGUAAGGGAUAAGAAGGCGUAAAGAGAAGUCUUUAAUCACGUAGAAUGGUGGGCGGGCGGGCGGGCGAAGCAAUGGGGCCGAAGCGGAUAUUUGAUUCUGAGGUUUAUCCAUUAAACGCGGCCCACCCGAUCAGUGGAUUGUCGCAUACAGCAGCCGUGCCCGAAAGCCUUUUGCAGAUUUACACGGCGCGAGGCACGGGUUGCUCGCAGGUUCAAGUAGUUGCCAACAGGUCUGUUUAUUGGUAAACGAACGUAUUCGCAGUUACUGCAACAAAAUAAGAGAACUAUUAGCUUGAACACGCUUGGUUAGUCCUUGUUGUCAGACGGGUUGCCAACUUCUCGUCCCCAGGACGCUUUCGGGGCUUAUUUCAAGAUGAAGGCGUAAGCGAGAUGCAUGAUGGCUGUUGCAUUCGUCCAUUGAUGGAGGCCCGAUGUGUGAGGAGCGAACAUCGUGCACGGGCGUUGCGUUCUGCUGCCUUUAGUCCCAGUCAUGAUGCUGUUGGUUGAGUCGCCCGCGUUUGAAGGCACCGCGAUUGUUUUGUUGAACGUCCUUGUGCCCCCGCCGUUUCUGGCUCCAUCUUAGGAUUGCGCGGGUGCUCCCUGCCACGGCGCUGGGGCUCUUGCUGCUGGCAUCAAUAGCUAGCGCACGUGUGAUGCGAGGUACGCACCGUGGCGGAGGGCGGCUGUGUUAUGUGAGUGGAGUCAGGGGGUGGGGAGCGUUGGGGAGUCCCUGAGGCGC